AUGGGUGAGAAGUUCUUCGCCUCGGUGGACGCGAAGAAGUUGGCGCUGAUGGUCUCGGCGAAGAAUCUGGGGAAGAACCGGUCCGCCAAAGCUCUGCACUUCACCCGCGACAAGGGCACCAUCGAGGCGGCUGAGGCUUGGAUCGCAGAGAACAGCGGCCCAGACCUCGACAAGCUGCCCGACGAUUUCGUCGAGGAGGCUCUUGCAUCCUUAGGUGGAGGAGAUGUCGCCAUGACGGGGGAGGACGAUGUAGACAUGACCCCAGUGGUGGACGACCGCAAAGUGGGCGAUCCCAAUCCUCCGGAGAUCAAGGAGAAGGUGAGGCAGGACUUGCUGCAGCAGGUCUUGGAGAUGGGCUUCUCCGAGGUUCGGGCGGAGAAAGCCCUGUACAAGACAGACAACGCCGGCUUGGAGUAUGCCAUCAACUGGCUCACCGAGCACGCGGAUGAUGCUGACAUCGACCUGCCCCUGCUGAAGCCGCCUCCGCCGAAGCCCAAAAUGAGCAAGGAGGAGGCGGAGGCCAAGGCUCUUGAGCUGCAGCAAAAGCUCCGAGAGAAACGGGCAGAGCAGGAGAGGCAGGCGGAUAAGGAGAAGGAGGAGCAGCGGAAGUUGUCCACUCGGCUCAUGGCGGAGGCCCAGGAGAAGUCCAAGGAGGAGGAGAGGAAGCGAGCGAUAGAGCAGCAAAUGAGAGAGAAGGAGGAACACGAGCGGCACCGCGCCGAGCUCAAAGAGCGGCUGCGCCAGGACUACAUCGAGCGAUUUGGCUGCGAGCCGCCAGAAGACAAGGAGGAAGAGGUGGUGAAGGAGAAGACCAGCAAGGAGCAGCUGGCAUUCUUCCUCAACAAGCUGAAGAAGACGUACAAGGACAGCAAUCCCGAGGGCUUGAAGACCUGCGUUACCACGCUGAAAGCCUACAUCAAGAACUUGCAUGAGAAUCCUUUAGAAGCAAAGUACAAGAAGUUGAAGUUGGACAACAAGGCCUUCCAGAGCAGAGUAGCCCCAUUUGAGGGAGCUCUAGAUGUCCUAGAUGUCUUGGGCUUCGAGAAGAAGGAGGACUGUCUGGAGCAAAGAAAAUCCACUCCGGACGGCUUCCUCUGCGGUCAGGCGAUCAAGUGGAUCGAUCUCAUCUUGGCCCAGCUGUGAGAGGGGCGGGUGGGCUGCUGCUUCAGGAUCUUUGACCAAAGACACAUCCCCAAGAAGAGAUGUGCAGGCGGGAC